UCUAGUGGACGGGACAGGAAGCUUCUUCAACCGCGACAAAAGGCUUCUGAUUUAACCACGCUGUGCUUUGCUAGCAAACCUAAAACCGAAACAUUGGAGCUCUUUAAACCGUUCUUGUGUAUAUUACUCUUAGUGUUUUCAACAUAAUUCUGUUUACAUAUCUACGGGUUCAUUUAAACGUAAUUUGCUUGUUAAAUUGGCAAAUGUGUUACAUUGAUACUGCACUAGGCUAAUCUCCCGGAGCAUAAACUCACUAAUCUAGACGGAGAAAGAAACUGGUGAAAGGAGGCAAAGAGGCUUGAAGAAUGAAUAAGGAGGCUGUCACAUUGAAACAAGAGGAUGAUAUUACAGUGAAAGAGGAAUAUGGGAACGAGGUUGUCAAAGUGGAAAAAGAGGUAGAAGCUUUCAGAAUCAAAAAGGAGAAAGAUGCCGUAAAAUUGAAAGAGGAGGAUAUCUCAAUAAAAGAGGAAGACGUUUUGGGAGUGAAAAAUGAGACUGAAGAUCCGAUUACCACCAGAGAGAGACAUGACUAUUGUGGAUCCUCUGGGGAGCCUCAACAACAUCCUGAUGCUGACGAGUCAGAGAAGAGUCUCUCCAGAUCAGAACACCAGAUGGACAACACUAGCCCCUCCUCCCUCCCGGAGUCCCCGUUUCGUACCUCUUCCGGUAGCACCUUACUGCUGGGUAUGAAGAGGUUGUCUGUGCUGCUGGUGGACUGCAGGAAAACAACGGGGCUGAGUGGAACUGUGAGAGGAGGAGAAGAGAAGAAAGGAUCAGAUUUGACUCAUCAAAAAAUUGACCAGGAGAGUGACACAGAAGGAAUGGAUGAGGACUCUGUGAGUGACCAGAGUUUUGAUUCCAGCGCGGAAGAAAUGUUUUUGGAAGGAAAAGAUCCACUUUUAGAUCAUCCCUCCGAUUCUGAUUGGGAGCCCCCACUGCCAAGGUGCCCAUCCCCGACAGGAGCUGGAUCAUCUAGCCGGACCCCUGCUGUCUCCGGCUCCACACCUACCCCGCCCUGCCAGGUGGGAAGUCUGUGA